AUGUCUAUCUCCGAAGGCGUUUACUGGAUCCGCAACCUUCGAUUCCCCAACAAGGUCCUCGACGCUGAAGGCGCGAAGACCGAUCAGGGCACCCGUGUCUUGGACUGGGAUGAGAAGCGUCCACUCAACGAGAAGCUCAACCAGCUCUGGAUCGUUGAGAAGGUCGGCGACGCCAGCACUUACAUCAUCCGCAACGUCAACUCCAAUCUCGUUCUCGAUCUAUCUGGCAGUGGCACUGCCAAUGGGACCCCCAUUAUCACCUGGCCUCAGCACGGAGGCGCGAACCAACAAUGGCGCGUCCAGUACUCCAAGGACGUUAACGGCACUGCAUACUAUGCCGUCGUCAGCGUGGCCACUGGCACGGUUGUCUCGCACAAUGUGAAUGACAACGACGCCGCUACAGUCGCCUGGCACAUCGACGACGGCCCCAAGCAGCUCUGGUCGUUCACGCCCUUCGUCUGGCCCCUCUCCUACAGGAUCCGUGUUAAGAACACUGGACGCGUCCUUGACUUGAAAGGCGCGUCCGCUGCUGACGGGACACUCGCUCUGGCCUGGGAUCAGCACGCGCACACCACGGUUCGCAACCAGGUCUGGUGGCUCCCCAAGGCACCUGGCAGCGAAGGCUACACCAUCCAGUGUGUCGAGACGAGGACUGUCGCUGACCUAGCUGCUGGUAAGCCCGGCAACAACGUGCCGAUUUACGGAUGGCACUCUCACGGAGGACGCAACCAGCAGUGGGAGAUCGAGCCUCACCAGGGCAACUACCAGCGAAUCAGGAACAUCCAAGGCGGUUCGGUCGUUGACGCUUACUUGAACGACCCCGAAAAGAAGGCCGCUGGAUGGACCUGGCACGGUGGUGACAACCAGCUGUGGUUGCUCGACGCGAUCCCCUCGCCUGGCCAGGGCUGGUUCCUCAUCCAGAACGGCGGUACCGGAAAGUUCCUCUGCGUCAAUGCCAACGGUAACAUUGACACCGCCGACGGUCCUGAGACCAUCUUCGACGGCUCCGUUCAGUGGAGGUUCGUCCAGAAGGAUCGCACGGCCGCCUACACGCUCGUCAACCGCGCAACUGGACGCACCCUACGCCAGCUGGGCUCCACCAUCCCUUCGAUCGGAUUGGGCAAUACCAACGACAACCAGCCUCAGGACUGGUGGACCUUGGAGACAUUCAAGGCUUCUCCUGGCCUGGCGUACAUCGUCAACGAGCGCACCGGCAACCUCCUCGACCAUUAUGCGGGUGAGAGUGUUCAGGGUCUGGACCCCGCUCCCCUUGCAAACAACUACUAUCGUGCAUGGAAGCUCAUCUCUGCAAACGAUUGGCUCCCCUCUUUCGCUCUGCUCAACGGUGCCACCGCCACCUACCUCUCUGCAGCGAGCAAGGAUGCCGACAUCGUCGCCAUCAAGGACGUUGACAACUUCCAGGCUCAAUGGGUCCUCCGCAAGACUGGGGAUGGACCCACCUUCGCCAUACAGAACAAGGCCAACAACCGCUAUCUCGGAGGAACCGCCGAACGCUUCCAGUUGGUUGUCGCCGCCGACAAGUACUUCGCCAUCCGCAACGUCUCGACUGGCAAGUUCCUCACCCUCGAUGCCAAUAACAAAGCGUCGUUCCAGGAUGAGAACAAGGGCGACAAGAGGCAGUACUGGGAACUCGCCUCGAGCCGAGCCCUCGACAACGCCUACGACGUGCUCUACCUGGACGACGACGUUUUGGAGGUCGCUGUUCCCUAUGUUGGGGACAAGGCGGGCGAGUUGAAGCGCUACAUCGCGAACCGUGCCGCUGGCAAGCCGCCCAAGGACAAGUCUGGCUGGAGCGCCCCCAGGAGCAACAGCACCGACAACAUUACCAUCCACCAGCUCUUCCACGCCCUCAUCGAUCGAUUCGAUUUGGACCUCGUCACGGACGGCACCCCUAGCCCCAUCGUCAGCUUCAAUCUCCAUGAGGCAGAGGCAGAGCGCGUGCUCGGUCAGCGCCUCCCCGAGUCCAUCAGGUCCAGAUUCACCAACCCCAACACGGGCACCGUCCUCAGUCUCGAGAGGCAAUUCAUUGACGUUGCUGGCAACCGUUUCGCUGUCGUCCAAGGUCGCUUUGGGGAUGUUUACCUUCAAGUCGCCCUCCCUGUUGGUACUUGGUUCGGAAGGGAGCAGAUUCGCAGGUUCUUGCGCACCAGCUUGGGCAGGAGCACUAUUGUGGUUGUGAGUGCCUCUGGUACCAGGGCUCCUACUGGUGGACCUGCUCCCCGCCGCGAUGCUGCUGCCAACUACUGGGUCAAGUGGGCUUCCGCGGUCAUUACUUUGCCCGUCGUCAAGCACUCCGAGUUGUAG